AUGAAGAUGCAGAUCUUCGUUAAGACCCUCACUGGCAAGACCAUCACCCUUGAGGUUGAGUCCUCAGACACUAUUGACAAUGUCAAGGCUAAGAUCCAGGACAAGGAAGGCAUUCCUCCGGAUCAGCAGAGGCUGAUCUUUGCUGGCAAGCAGCUCGAGGAUGGCCGUACCCUAGCUGACUACAACAUCCAGAAGGAGUCCACCCUCCACCUGGUGCUCAGGCUCAGGGGAGGCAUGCAGAUCUUCGUCAAGACCCUCACUGGCAAGACUAUCACGCUUGAGGUCGAGUCUUCUGACACGAUCGACAACGUGAAGGCCAAGAUCCAGGACAAGGAGGGAAUCCCCCCUGACCAGCAGCGUCUCAUCUUCGCUGGCAAGCAGCUUGAGGAUGGCCGCACCCUCGCUGACUACAACAUCCAGAAGGAGUCGACUCUCCACCUUGUACUCAGGCUGAGGGGUGGCAUGCAGAUCUUCGUCAAGACCCUCACUGGCAAGACCAUCACCUUGGAGGUGGAGUCCUCGGACACCAUUGACAAUGUGAAGGCGAAGAUCCAGGACAAGGAGGGCAUACCCCCGGACCAGCAGCGUCUCAUCUUUGCCGGCAAGCAGCUUGAGGAUGGCCGCACCCUUGCUGACUACAACAUCCAGAAGGAGUCCACCCUUCACCUGGUGCUCCGCCUUCGUGGUGGUAUGCAGAUCUUCGUCAAGACCCUCACUGGCAAGACCAUCACCCUGGAGGUGGAGUCCUCUGACACCAUCGACAAUCUUGAGGAUGGCCGCACCCUGGCAGACUACAACAUCCAGAAGGAGUCCACCCUUCACCUGGUGCUCCGCCUUCGCGGUGGUAUGCAGAUCUUCGUCAAGACCCUCACUGGCAAGACCAUCACUCUGGAGGUGGAGUCCUCUGACACCAUCGACAAUGUGAAGGCGAAGAUCCAGGACAAGGAGGGCAUCCCCCCGGACCAGCAGCGUCUCAUCUUUGCCGGCAAGCAGCUGGAGGAUGGCCGCACCCUGGCAGACUACAACAUCCAGAAGGAGUCCACUCUCCACCUGGUGCUCCGUCUCCGUGGUGGCCAGUAA